AUGGAAUUGGUCACACCAAAAUAUUACAACGCAUUAAAAGGAACAAUCCAAUAUCAAGUGAUUAUUCCGAUGCUUUUUGAUCUGACUCGCCUGCUGCGGCGUGGCUGCACUGUGUGCGUUGAGGCUAAAGGACCACGGAUUUUGGCUAAAGCAUUGCGUGAUUUGACUGAAGGAUUACGAGUCGAGGCUAAAGUACUUCGAGUUUUGGCUAGAGCUUUAUUGGAAAAGGUGUAA